ACCGGUAGGAUGGCCGGGACUUGUAUCUGGUACUCACCGGUGUCAUUUUUAAAGUGACAAAUGCUCGGACUCCUUCUCUCCUCUUAUCUAUUGAUUGUAAACAUCUUUGAGGAAAGAUAACGAAAACCCUAACAGCAGAUCUCUUCUCAUAGACUUAGCAUAUAAACAGCCACUGUCACAUCAUAGAGUCACUAAAGUUAACAACCGGCUAUGUUCAUUAUGGUCCUCGGAGACAAGAUUUCGGGUCACAUCAACCGACUUAAUAGCCCACUUAGACAAUGGCGCCUAUGCAUGAACAGAUGCAAGACCUCACAGACAACUUGCUCGUCUUCAAGUCAGCCAGUCAGCCAGCCUCUACUCCUCAUUUCUGGAGGCAACCUGGUAGCAUAUGAAUGGAUUAUGGAAACUUGUACACCCUUAGCCGCAUCAAUGGUAUUCCUCGUGUUACAAUCAUUCGGCAGCUCAAUUGCGUGCUCAUGGUUCAGCAAUCUGAUCCUGGGUACUAAACCGGGUCAAGCCAGAGGGGGCAUCGGCAGCAAUGAAUAUGGCACGUUGUUGGAUAGAAUCUGGUAAUGCGGAACCUCUGCAUAAUGCUAGCGGCGUGCGAUGGCUCGCUGUGACUAUCGCUGGCAUAUAAUUUGCAAU